UUCAACAUAUUCCCAUUCGUCGAGAACAACCAAUUCCAAUUCAUAGUACAAAAAAUAAUAAAACAACGCAGUAGAUACAAUAAAGAAGUCAUUGAAACAAGUCAAAUUGAUUAAAUCUUAAAUUGAAUUUUAUAGUAGAAGAAGCAUAUACAAAAUGAAGUUCCAAUAUAAAGAAGAGCACGUAUUCGAGAAACGUCGUGCCGAAGGCGAUAAAAUUCGCAGAAAAUACCCUGACCGCGUACCCGUGAUCGUUGAAAAGGCACCCAAAGCACGCAUUGGAGAUUUGGACAAAAAGAAAUAUUUAGUGCCAUCCGAUUUAACAGUGGGACAGUUUUACUUCUUGAUCCGUAAACGUAUACAAUUGCGACCUGAGGAUGCCCUAUUCUUUUUCGUCAACAAUGUAAUUCCACCCACAUCUGCCACCAUGGGUUCCCUCUACCAGGAACAUCAUGAGGAGGACUAUUUCCUUUACAUUGCAUAUUCCGAUGAAAAUGUUUAUGGCAACAGACGUUAGAUUAAGCAUUUAGACCAUUGCUCUGGAGUGUGAUUAAACAAAGAAAAAACUGAAGAAACUUACGAAAAACAAGAGAAUUUUGGGCACGUAUAUGAAAAAUUACAACAAAAACACGUUUAAUUUGUUUAUUUGUCUGUAACCCAUAUGAAAAAUGCAAACAAAAAUAUACUUCAGCCACAAGAGAUAUGUGCAAAACAAAAAUAUUGAUCUUACAAAUAACUAAA